AUGGCUACCAUUUCUUGCUUGUGUGGAAAUAUAGACACAUCCGUCCAGCUGGACACUGAGCAAACACAACUACAACUGUGUCACUGCCAACAAUGCCGCGCGAGUGUUGGGCAAUUAUGUUCCUCGUACCACCUUCUCCAGCAUGAGCCGAAGCUCCAUGGGCUUCAAGAAUACAAGCAGUCUAACCACAUCAGUCGCUUCUUCUGCAAAACCUGUGGUGCGCAUGUAUUCGCCCAUUCAAAGCUCAACUGUCACUUCUUUGUUGCAUCAGGACUGUUAGUGGCGCCAAUCCCGGUCCGAGAGAUAGUCCACUGGAAACUCAGCGACACGGGCGAUGGUGGACUGGGUGUAUAUCUUCCAGGAACAGAGUCGCCAGCUGUCAGUUGCAGACUGGAUGCGACACGUUCGCCGAUAUCCAAAGAGCCGCCAAACUGGAGGCAAGCUGAUGUCAAAGAGCAGUCAUUAUACGCGCGCUGCAUUUGCGGAGGUGUUGAAUUCUACAUCACCAAGCCCGAUGCUUCUUCCUCGCAAGCUACCUCGCCCUGGCCAGAUCUGCUGGUCCCAUACUACACUGGAUCGGGAGCCAACCCUGACGACACCAAGUGGUGGCUACGGGAUGGAGGCACCAGGUAUCUUGCAGGAACCUGUGUUUGUAAUACCUGUCGGCUGAGCAGUGGAUUCCCCAUUCAAACAUGGGCUUUCGUGCCCAAAUCGAAUAUACUCAACGUAGACGGCUCACCAUUGGACUUCAACCGUGGGAAAAUGCAGCGACAUAAUAGCUCGCCCGGCGUUUAUAGAGAGUUCUGCGGUUGUUGUGGGGCCACUGUGUUCUGGCAUUGUGACGAGCGACCACUGUUGAUUGAUGUUAGUGUUGGCUUGCUCCAAGCAAAUGGCGUGAGAGCCGAGGACUGGCUGGAAUGGACGCCGAGUAGGGUCAGCUUUGCAGAGUUGGCGGUGCAGUCCGAUUUGAUCGGUAGAUUAGAGGAGGGAGUCAACCGUCUCUCAGAUAAGUAA